GAGACGGCAAACGUACGAUAUAUUUCCUUGUUAUCAGUUCAGCUUCAUUCGAAUUUCGAUGUCGUUAGAAGUUGGUUCACUUAAACUGUCAUAAUUUGCUGUGUGAAGUAAUAAAGAGGUUCAGACGCUACCAAAUCAUCAAAGGGCCAUUCAGAUUCUGAAGAAGGAUGAGAGACGUUGAAGCUGAAAUUGACGGCAAGGUCAACUCGAUGGUGAAACAUAACAUCCUCUUUAAAUUCCUAAACGAUGAAACCCUAACUGCCACCGAACGACUGUCUCGAGUGGCUCCAUGUUUCACCUUCUUUGUCCUUGGCUUCCAUGACUUGCAAAACUUAGUUCUAAAGUAUCCAGCUGCCGAAGCAGAAAUGGAUCGUGUAAAGAAAGCCAUCAAUGCACAUUGCACCGAAGAUGCAACUCAUUGGCCAUGGUUUUUGGCCGAUUUGAAAACACUCGGACUGGAUAGAGAAGCAACGUUCACGUCAUCUGUCAAAUAUUUAUGGAGCAAAGCGACACAGAUGCAACGGUGGUCAUGCUACCAAUUUGCGAUUCUAGCUGGUCGAGCUAGUGACCCCAUCUUAAGGUAUGUCUUUUUGCUCAGUUUAGAGGUCAAUGGUCGGGCAUUGUUUAGCAAAUUUCUUGAAUUGGCUGAAAAAAGCGAAGACGAAACCGGAAAGGAGUUACUGUACUUCGGUCGUACGCACUUUGCCAGGGAAUCGGGCAGUUUGCACGGUGAAGAAGCGAUCGAAAAUGAGUUACUAGAAAUGAAAUUGCAUCCGGAAACAAGAGCACAGGCACUUGAAAUUGCAAUGAAAGCGUUGGAAGUUCAAGAUGCCGAAUGGAACGAAUUGGCCCGAGCUGCCUAUGCAAAUAUAAAAUUGUAGCAGAUCACAGCGGUCUUCCUAUAUUGUACUGUAUAAGUGUACAAAUUAUUGAAAAAUAUUGUUGAAUAAAGUUACUCACCGCAGAUGA